AUGUUAAUUGAAUAAGGAGAACCUAAGAUUAUAGUAGCAGUUCGUAAGAGGCCAUUAAAUAAGAAAGAAAUGAACAAAGGAGACAUAGAUAUAGUAGAUGUUUACAAUUCAUAAAGUCAAGUAAUAGUGAAAGAAUAAAGGUAUCAAUAAUAUUUUGAUAACUAUUUUAGAAUGAAAGUAGAUUUAACAAAAUAUACAGAGGAGCAUUAAUUUAAUUUUGAUGCUGCUUUUGAUGAAAAUACUACAAAUGAAUAAUUAUACUUAUAAAUAGUAAGACCAAUAGUUGAAGCAGCAUUUAAUAAGGCAAAAGUAACAUGUUUUGCAUAUGGAUAAACAGGAUCUGGUAAAACAUAUACAAUGCUUGGAGAUUAUUCAGAAAGAGUGCCUGGUUUAUAUUUAUUAGCAGCAUAUGACAUUUUUUGUUUAUUAAAUAAUGAAUGUUAUGGACAUUUGUAAAUAUCUAUAUCUUUCUAUGAAAUUUAUUGUGGAAAAUUAUUUGAUUUAUUAAAUGAACGAACCCUUUUACAUGCAAGAGAAGAUGCAAAAGGAAAUGUCAAUGUUGUAGGUUUAUAAGAAAGAAAAGUAUAAUCGGUUGAAUAAUUAAUGAAAGUAAUUGAAUAAGGUAGUGCUUCAAGAAUUACAGCAUCAAAUUCAUCAAAUAAUGAUUCAUCUAGAUCACAUGCAAUUUUAUAAAUUACUUUGAAGGAUGGUAAUAGAUCUCAUGGCAAAUUAUCAUUUAUUGAUUUAGCAGGUAGUGAAAGAGGUGCAGAUGUAAGUGAUACAAAUAAAUAAACCAGAUUUGAUGGAGCUGAAAUUAAUAAAUCAUUGUUAGCAUUAAAAGAAUGCAUUAGAGCAUUAGAUUUAAAUAAAAAUCAUACACCAUUUAGAGGAUCUAAAUUAACAUUGGUUUUAAAGGAUUCUUUUCUUGGUAAUUGUAAAACUGUUAUGAUUGGUAAUUUCUCGCCUUCCAAUUCAUCUUCUGAACAUACUUUAAAUACAUUAAGAUAUGCAGAUAGAGUAAAAGAAUUAAAGAAACCAAAUGAUAAAGAUUUAAAAGAUUAAGUAACUUCUUUAGAUAAACUUGCAAGAGAAUUGAUGUUACCAAGAUAAUAAUAACCAGUUAAAAAAUAAACAUAGGUUUAAUAAUCGGUUUAAUAAUCCUUUAAUCCAUUUAAAAACAAUCCAUUAUAAAAUUAUUAGAAUUAAAAUUUAUUUUAGUAACAAUAGUAACCUCAAUUUUUGAAUUUAUAAAAUUCUAUACCUGGAAUGAUAAUUUAAUAAUCUUCGUAAUAAUCUUCAUAAUAAUAAUAAUCUACUUCAUAAUAAUAAAAUUAAUAUUAAUUUCAAAAUUAUAUAUAACCCCCUCCUCCUUAACCUCAAGCUAUGAUUCCAUUAUAGUAAUAGCAAUAACCUUAGUUUAAAAUAAAUGAAAGUAAAAUGAAGCAUUCUUCUUAAAAGCCAAAUCCAUAAAUAAAUGAAGCUCGUUCUUAUUUAAAUGAAAAUAUAUUUCCAGGACCAAUAGAACGUAAAUCAAGUAUGAGUACUAAAUGAUUUUGUAGAAGUGAAUUAAUCAAUGGAAGAUGACUUAACGAAGAUUGGAUAGAAACAUGAAUAGUUAAUAAGUGUUAUUCUAGAAGAAGAAGAGAAUUUAAUAUAAAAUCAUAGAUCCCAUAUUGAUUAAAUGGUUGAAUUAGUUAAAUAAGUAUGAGUUAAAUUAAAUAAUAGGAAAUGAUGUUAUUACAUAAUAUAGAUAAACCUGGUUCUGAUGUGGAUGAGUAUGUUAAAGGAUUAGAUUAGAUAUUGUUAACUAAAAUGGAAGAAAUUUAAACGUAUAAUUUUAAUAUUAUAAAUUUGAUAGUUUACAAUUUUAAUUAUAAACAUUUAGAUCACAUUUAUCAGAAGAGGAAACUCUAUAGAAAUAGUUUUAUUAACAUAGAUAAUAAAUAAAUUUAUAAGAGUAAGAGAUCGCUGAUAUUUAUAAAUGA